ACCUCACCCACCCUCCCAGAGACGAGCAGCUCUUUCACAGGCGUAUACUGACUGGCUGGCUGGAACGGUAGCGGAUUGCUGUAGUUAACGGACACACUGCACAAUGCGUGAAUACAAGUUAGUAGUCCUCGGAUCAGGAGGUGUCGGCAAGUCUGCGCUGACUGUUCAGUUUGUCCAAGGCAUCUUUGUGGAAAAGUACGACCCCACAAUAGAAGAUUCAUACAGAAAGCAAGUGGAGGUGGAUGGACAGCAGUGUAUGCUGGAAAUUCUGGAUACAGCCGGAACGGAACAAUUCACAGCCAUGAGGGACCUGUACAUGAAGAAUGGCCAGGGCUUUGCACUAGUAUACUCCAUAACAGCACAGUCCACCUUCAAUGACCUGCAGGACUUGAGAGAACAGAUUCUGCGGGUCAAAGACACAGAUGACGUGCCAAUGAUCCUGGUGGGUAAUAAAUGUGAUCUGGAAGACGAGAGGGUGGUCGGGAAAGAACAGGGCCAGAAUCUCGCCCGCCAGUGGAACAGCUGCGCUUUCCUGGAGUCUUCUGCAAAGUCCAAGAUUAACGUCAAUGAGAUCUUCUAUGACCUGGUCCGGCAAAUCAACAGGAAAACUCCAGUACCUGGAAAGGCACGCAAAAAGUCCACCUGCCAGCUGCUCUAAUAUACAGCUGUUCUUUUGCUCUGAGCCAGGUCUGAUUUACUGCUGUGUCUUUCAGCAGUGCCAGCAUUCCCACAUUACUAAAACCUAACAUCGAAUGGACUUUCCUGUGUGGUGAUGCCCCUUUAACAAACCAACCAACAACCAACCACUGGAUUCACGGCUACAGUACCAUGUCAGUUUUUUGCACAUAGAUAACCAUCAUCACUUUCCAAUGUCGCGAGAAAAAGAUUUUUACAUAUAAUUAUAUAAAUAUAUAUUCUAACUGUAUGCAACUGAAUAAUAAAAUGAAAUGAGUAAAUGAAUAAAGAGCUAGACAAAAUAAUUAAAAUAAUACAAAGCCUACACGCAGUGUUAUCGCUAACGGAGACAGCCACCGUUGUAAAUGAGGGAAUGUCUAAUCAGGCUGUGCACGUUGCCAUGGCAAUUACAAUGAUAUUUAUAAGCACCACUAUUUUAGCCAGAGAGGAGAGGAAGUCCAAAGAGCUCCUAUAUAAACCGUUCAUACAGCUAACUUUCACUUCUUGGUUUCUUUUGCAUAAUUUUGAUGAUUUUGUUUUUUGUAACUGUUUUGUUUUCUUUGCUUUUAUUCAUGAUUUCUUUCUCUCCUGCCUUUUCUCUUUUAUUAAAUUACUAGAUUUUUCAUCUAUGGAGAUGUUAUAAUCACAACAGCUAUUGAUAUGAGUUUUACUUUAGGAAAAAAAAAACCUGUGGAUACAGUGAUGUACAUGUAAAAAGUUCAAAAAUAUAAUUUGUCACUUAUCAUAUUGUC